UGAGAUGUAAUGUAUUGCUACCUGUCAUAACUCGAAUAUUGUAAAGAAAGUUGGGAAAGGAUGGAAUUUAGAGGAGAGUAUAGGAUAUGUAGUGUGUUUACUGUUUAGUACUAAUGUUAACAUAGAAAUAUUGAGUUUCACACUUCCACUCCUUUCUUUGUUGUGUGCCUCUCCUCGGCAUUUUCAAGGAAAUAUAUUCUGUUUAAAGGAAUUCAUCGCUAAAUGAUGGCAUUUCCUGGGUUGAGUAUAAGAAGGCUGAUUCUCCAUCAAUUACAGUUUCGUUCUUCGUUAUCAUCAUUUGCUUCUCGCCCAGAAAUCUUCUCUUCUUCUAAUUGUUACUUGGAAUGCUUCUUCUCUCAGACAUUUCGUCGAACACUUUCAACACCUUUUCAUUGCUUCUUACAUGAUAAACCUACACUGUAUUUCUCUACUUUUCAACCUUCUUCAGUACGAUGUCUUUACAACCCUAUUGAUUUCAAUGAUGUCGAAAGCAAAAUCAAUCAGAAUGAUGAACUGGGUGUUUUUGAAUUAGUUGAAUUAGUGCGGAGAACCAAGGAUUACACCUCCAAGAAGGAGGCUAUAGAUUUCAUUGCUGGUUCUGGUCUGAAUUUUGAUGCCAAUCAGGUUUAUUUGGCUAUUUGGGAAUUAAGAAAUGACUGGAAAUUGGCUUUAUUAGCAUUUGAAUUGAAUGAAAAAGGGGGGUGUAUUAGUGAGAAAAUUCUGGGUUUGAUUGUUUGGGUGUUGGGUACUCAUCAGAAGUUUGAUAUUGCCUGGUCUUUGAUUCGUGAUCGGUACCGCUCUGUGGGCAUUCGACAAGCAAUGCUUGCUGUCAUAGAGAGAUAUGCAGCAGCAAAUAAUUACGAGAAGGCCAUCAAAACAUUUCAUUUUAUGGAGAAACUGACACUAAGUCCGGAUCAGAAUGCACUUUACACUGUCAUCAGUGCUCUAUGUAGAUAUGGAAAUAUUGAAGAGGCUGAAGAUUUCAUGCAGAAUAAUAAGAAGCUAUAUCCUCUUGAGACCGAAGGCUUUAAUAUCAUCCUUCAUGGUUGGUGUGACAUUUUAGUUGAUAUUGUUGAAGCCAAGAGAGUCUGGAGGGAGAUGGCAAGCUGCUGUAUUACACCUGAUGCAAUGUCAUAUGCACACAUGAUUUCUUGUUUCUCAAGGGUCGGAAACCUUUUUGAUUCUCUUAGGCUAUAUGAUGAGAUGAAGAAAAGGGGCUGGAUCCCUGGUCUUGAUGUAUAUAAUUCAAUGAUAUAUGUUAUGGCUCAUGAAAACUGUUUGAGUGAAGCUCUCAAAAUCCUGGAGAAAAUAAAAGAGGGGGGUUUACGACCAGAUUCCAGGUCUUACAAUUUCUUGAUUAGUCCUUUAUGUGAAGCUGAAAAGUUCAAGGAGGCUAGAAAUCUGUUGUCCAUUAUGAAACAAGAGGGUGCCCAACCAACUGUUGAGACAUAUCAAGCAUUCUUGAAAGGUGCGAGUUUGGAAGGCACUUUUGAAAUUCUGAGCCAGAUGAAGAAGGAUCAAGUUGGCCCAGACAAUUGUACGUUUCUACUAAUUUUCAAUAGAUUCUUCAAAUUAGGAGAGCCUGUAAAUGUAUUAAAGGUUUGGGUGGAAAUGGGAUAUUUUGGAGUGCACCCUGAAUCAGAACACUACAAGUCUCUAAUAAGUGGCUUGGCAAAUUGUGGCUGUUUAAUGAAAGCUAAAGAAUUGCACACCGAAAUGCUUUCAAAUGGAUAUGUAGAUGAUCCAAAACUCAAGAAACUGUUACAAGGACCAGAACAAGGUAGUCGUCAUGGAAGAGUUGAGUCUGUGAACUUCAAGAGACUUGUGAAUGAAUCAAAAUCAUCGUAUGCAUCCCACAUUAGGCCACCUAGGGGAUGGAGAAAGCAUGGCGGUAAAACUAUAAAGAAGAAGCAAAGAUUUGAACGAUCUUAAGUGUAAUUUUGCAUUAAGAUAUUAUGAUUAUUGAUUACCUACUGUGCCUUCAGUAGCUCUGCCUCUGACAAUACUGUGCUCAGAGUAGUCCUUUUUGAAAAAGAUCGUUAUAAAAAUUGAAGCUACAUUUAGAAAGAAUGGUGAACAUGGUUUGUUAAUUUUGUGAGUUCACUAACGACAAUAUGGAAGGGGUACCAUAAUCUAGUUUCCGCUGGCAUCUGCAGCGCAAUGUGAAUUUGAUGACCUACUUCAGUGUCAGCAUUGUAAGCAAUACAAAGUGCAUUGCAUCUUGAGGGAAGCACUCUAAUGUUGGUUUAUGUCUGCUUCAAGCAACAAUGCCAAUUCGACUUCACCAGCAAGAAUCAAUCGAUGGCUUUAUGAAAUUAUGGCCCAACAACAACAGUUUAUUCUAUGGCUACAAAGAUUUGCAAGGUGUACAUUCGUCCUGCACUUGGAUGAGGUGGAGAAUAGAUGUUUAUUAUGUUUUUUCUCUAUCCUUUUUUGGUUAUGGAAAUUCAAGGGCCCCAAAGAGCAAACGUUCAAUUAUGGGAAAACUCCUACGUACCAACCAACAUCCCCUAUGAAGUAUAUAGCUGUAUCAGAUGUUCAUUUAUGUAAUUACAUGUAUAGUAUAGAGUUCAUUUUAAGUUUUUCUUUCGGAAUGUGAGAGAAACGACCAUACUGGACUGAACUUCUUGCAAGUCAACCCAAUUUAGGUUGGCGGCUGAUAGUUGGGAUAUGGGAGAUGGGUUGACAUAUUUAAGCUAGAUUUCCAAAAGGUACAUGAGUAUUGAAGAUUUAAGCUAGAUUUCCAAAAAGUCAAUUCUUCUGUUGUAAGUUCAUAUAAUAUAUCAACGUUAUGAUAAAAAGA